UUGAUUGGAUUAGUUCAGUCGAUUUUGGAACAUCAAUUCGAGUGGUUUGAACCACUUUAUUAUAGUCCUGAGAGAUAUGGAAUGAUGUCGAAUUGGGAGAGGUAAGGCCUUAGUUUAGGGUGGUUAAGGUACUUAAGGUAGUUAAGCACUUAGAGCUCUUAGAAGUCUUUAACUUCCCUGUUUUUCAAAAUUUCAAUUUCAAAAUGUUAAGGUGCUUUUUAAGGUUGUUAAGGUCCUUAAGGUUUUUAAUGUAGUUAAGGACUUAGAGUUCUUAAAAGUCUCAAAAUUUCCUUUUAAACGAUACUCCGCGUUUACACCUUUUAGAGGUACCUAAGGUAGUUUAGAGGCUUUUUAAGGUAGUUAAGGUCAUUCUUAAGGUACUUAGGGUACUUAAGUUAGUUAAGCAAUUAGAGCUCUUAGAAGUCUUUAACUUCCCUGUUUUUCAAAAUUUCAUUUUAAACGAUACUCCGCGUUUACACCUUCUUUUUAAAGGUAGUUAAGGUCCUUUUUAACGUAGUUGGGACCCUUUUUAAGGUUGUUAGGGUGCUUUUUAAGGUAGUUAAGGUACUUAAGGUACCAAAGGUAAUUAAGAACUUAGAGUUCUUAGAAGCGUAAACGCGGAGUGUUGUUGUUUUGGAAAAAACCAUUUCAAACGAUACUCCGCGUUUACACCCUCAAUUUUCACCGCCAAAUAUUAAAAUUCAAAUAUUUUCCUUAUCUGUUAAGGUACUUAAGACCAUUUUUUAAGGUAUUAGAAGCAUUUUUAAUGAUUUCCUAAUAAUUAAGGUAAUUAAGGCUUAUUCGAAGUAGCUAAGGUAUUUUAAGGUACUUAUGGUCACUUCUAAGGUGGCUAAGGUCUCUUUAAGGUACUUUAAGGUACUUAAGACCCUUUUAAAGUAUAAUAAGCAUUUUUAAUGGUUUCUAAACCAUUUUUAAGCUAGUUAAGGCUUAUUCGAAGUAGCUAAGGCAUUUUCAAUGGUUUCCUAAUGAUUUUUAGGGUAGCUAAGGUUUAGCUAAGGUAUCUUAAGAUCUUUAAGGUCAUUUUUAAGGUCUUUAAGGUGUCUAGGGUCAAAUUUCAUCGUAAUUUCACCUAAAAUCCCAAAAAAAUCCCUUUCAGAUAUCAAAACGAGGGGACCCACACUUACUACAUGGUGUGCAAUGUGAUUUUGAUGGUCCUGCCGUUUCCGCUUUACGCGGCCGCGUUGGCAGUGGUUUUCAAGCGUCAAACGAAACGCCGUGAGUUUGCGCACAUUUUUUGGCGCCAAAAUUUGAUCUACAGUACCUUUUUCGCAGAAAUCCGAUCAAAGUACACACAAACUCCAAUUUGCACGUCAUCCUACGCCGCUCAGCAGCGACAAUUAUCGAUUGAAACGAGAUUGUUGGUCCCUUGUAUCAUUAACACGAUUUUAUUUGUUGUUGGACAGGUUAGGCUUGGAAGGGGCUUUAAAAUGAGCCUAGAUAAGCCUAGGUUGGCCCUGAAAGGGCCUGAGAUAGGCCUAGUUUGGGCCUGAGAUAGGUCAGGGCUUCUCAGGCUUGAGAAGAGCUUCAUAAUAAGCCUAGAUGAGCCUAGGUUAGGCCUAAAACGGCCUGAGAUAGGCCUGGCCCACCAAAACAUAUCAUAUUUGGUCUCAAAAUGCGUCAAAUUUUCGCGCGCCAAAAACUACAGUACCCCCAACCAAAAUCAAUUCCAGGUCUUCAUAACGCAAUGCUCAAAACACGGAAAAUGGAUGAAUUGGGCGGUGAUGGUGGUGUUCGCCACAAAUUCCUUCGUCAAUCCACUUUUAUACCUGUUUUUCAGCAGUGUGAUACGCAAAGGUGUUCUCUCAAAUUGCCGCAAAAAUUUCAGCCUUUCAGCAAUCUAUAAUGAUUAUGAGUUGAGAAGUUCGUCGCCAAGAAGUUCGAGUUUGAUGUUGAAGAUCAAUCAUCGAGAUUCAACUGUUUGUUCAAACCUUAAUGGACGCUUAAAUUCUGGUUAA